AUGAACAAAUUUCUUUCAUUAUUAGUCGUUGUCAUACUUGGCUAUAAUUGUCAAGACAACGGUUCCCUUGAAGAUAAAAAAAAUGAGAGAAUACCUGUGUUUGCUCCAGACAAGUGUCCAGAAAACCAAUUACUUUAUCCAGGGAAGCAAAUAAAUGAUGACUGGAUCUGUGAUUGUGGACCAGGUUACAUUUACUAUCCUCCUGAAGAUACCUGCUUCGGUGCCUACAGACAAGGUCCUUGUCCUCAAACAUAUCACUUAAUUCUGAAACCCGACAAAGUGGUUAGUGAAUGCGUCGUCAACCCCUGUGAAGAGGGUUUUGGCAGCUACGAGGGCGUAUGUUACGAAUUGAAUAAACCCGAUGGACCGUGUGCACCCGUUCAAUUUGGGGGCGGGAUUUUUGGUGUCAAUACUACAACUUUGAAGGUUGAAUGUUUAAAAGAACCACAAAAACUGACUUUGGUUUAUAUCCCCGCCAACUGUCCCCCAGGAAGCAGAAGGGACACGUAUAAUACCUGUCGAGAAAACUGGAACGUUUACCCAGACAACCGUACACAAUGGUAG